UGAAAAACAGUUCAUUCCUAGAUACUAUAAUCCACAGACCUUAUCUUUAUAUGAUAUAUAUGUAAUCUUGAGUUAGUAAAUAUAACUUUCAACAUAAAAAUCGUUGUCCACAUUUUCAAGUCUCACACGAUAUAUCUAAAGUAUUGAAGCCCAUAAAUGUAUAUAAGCAAUAAAAAGAAAGCAAAUGGAUUACUUUUGAGUCAUCGUCGGUUACCCACGGGUGCUUCUAUUCGAUUCUCACAUAGUAUGAGGGAGCGUGAGUGGACUCAAAACCGUGGUUUGCGACGAUGCUUUUGAGUAUACAAUGCAAAAAUGGGGGAAACCCUGAUAAAUAAUCGCUCGAUUAUUGAGAAUAUGACAUAUUACAAACAAUAAGCCUUUUCACGAUAAAUCUCGCACAUGCGCACAAAUGCUUCCGGACGGCAACCUUCGAUCAUGUUUACGUUGGUUACAUGAAUUAUAAUGACAAAGCGGGAGAAUUUGAACAAAUUAAAGGUAAAUGAUCUGAGAAAUCUGGCGGUAGAUGUUGGCAUUGAUGUUAAAAGAAAGAAAAAAGAAGAAAUCAUUCAGGAAUUGCUGUUAAGUCAGACUGAAACUUCGAUUUUAACACCGAUCGUAGAAAAAGACGCACUUGAAUCUCCGCUAGUAGGAUCGUUUCAGGACAGCUUACCACCAUUCAACGUUGUUGCUUAUGAAAGUCCGGGUUACUCGUCCAUCCCCACUAUAACAUUUAGUGAUAUCUAUAGUUACAUGAUCGAAAGACCAACAACAUAUGGUGGUACAGCAAGCAAUUUCAAGGGCUUGGACAGAUCUGUGAAGCACUUUGAAGCCGGUGACGUCCAAGAUAUUAAAGUGUCAAAGAUAAAUAGUUCUGUCAUAUAUGUCAGAGCAAAAUGUCAGGCAUCUAUGAGGAAACAGCAAUAUCAGGUUUUCAUUUGCAUCCUGACUACAAAUGCAGGCAAACCAAAUGUACAGCAUGGAUACUGUCAGUGUCCUAUUGGGUUAGCACAGGCAUGUAGUCACAUAGGCGCCCUACUUUUUGCAUUGAGUCAUGCAAAAACUAAUGAGACGACUUCAGAGAGCUGUACAUCUCAACCAUGUAAAUGGAUCAUUCCUGGGCGACAAACAAAACCAAUCGGACCAAUCAGCACUUUACCCAAGAAAAAGCUUAAAUUGGCAGAUACUGAAGAAAACCUUGAUCCACUCGCAGCCUAUGAUCCUCGCCAUUCAGAUGACAAAGACAUAAAUAUCAACACCACUCUGUGGCAGUUAAAGGAAUUAAGAGAUGUCUUUCCACAUACAGGGAUGUCACACUUGUGGAAUAUACCCGACCAUGCCCCAGAAGCCAUAAAGGAAAUGGAGGUCCAGAAUAUUGAAGAUCCAAUGGUGACAAGGAUGAAAAAUCUUAUAUUUUGUGAGGAUAAUGCACCUCAGAUUACAAUUGAUCACGAACUGGUUGAAUUUAUUGAGACGAGUACAAGAGACCAGAGGACAUCAGAAAUGUGGCAGAAACUACAUAUUGGUCGUUUAACCAGUUCCAUAUUUGGUGAUGUAUUGAAGGCUGGACCCAAUCCAAAGUCUUUGAUCAAACAAAUUGUAGAGGGGUCUAGUCUUCAGAAGUAUGCAUCUCUGCCACCAGCUGUUCAGUGGGGACAACAAAAUGAGGCAAAGGCACGCUCAGAGUAUGUCAAUCUGAAGACUGCCACAAACAACAAUUUUAAAGUUGAGGAUACAGGUCUCACUUUGUGCACAGAUAACUCAUUUUUGGGUGCCUCCAGUGACGGGAGAGUUUUUGAUGGUGACAGCAUAGGUGUACUAGAGAUUAAGUGUCCAUACUCCAUCAAGGGAACUCAAGUAACAACAAUGGAAGUGAGUGAGAUUGUUGCAAUGGGAUGUCCAAAUUUCUGUUUAGAAUAUAGUAUGGAAGGACCACGUCUCAAAAAGAGCCACAAGUUUUAUGCUCAAGUUCAGGGAGAAAUGGCAAUUAUGCGAUUACCAUCGUGUGACUUUGUAGUAUGGACAGACGCUGCUCAGAACAAUAUUUGUAUUGACAGAAUAUAUUUUGAUUCAGAGUUUGUGUCCUCUAUGAUGCCUAGACUUAUUGAAUUUUAUAUGCAUCACAUUAUCCAGUUACAGAGCUCCAGAUAAUUUCUAUUAUUUAUCUACUUUUAAGAUUUUUAAUCUGUUCAAAUUCUGUUUUCCUGAGAUAUAGUCAUAAGAGCAAUGCCACUUUGAAUUUUAUUCUCCUAAUGGAUAGAAGUAAUUCUUUUCCCAAUUCAGAAUUUGAUAAACUUCAUAAUGCAUAUUUCUGCAAAAAAUCCUCAUCCUUAAAUAUCUGAAGCUCUGAAGUUACAUUUACAAUGUAUCAUUUGAACUUAUUGCUUUAUAAAAGAAAAGUCUGACAAUAAAGUUGAAAUUUCAUCAUA